AUGAGAAGUCCGCGGGCGUUGGCGGACCAAUCGAAGUACUGCCGCUUCCACCGGCAACAUGGGCACGACACUGAACAGUGUCGGGAGCUAAAGAGACAGAUCGAGGAGCUCAUCCGUAGGGGGCACCUCGGCCAGUACCUCCGCCCAAACAAGGAACCUUCGCCAUGCCCGGAGGGUCCCGUCGAGCGACACAUCGACGUAAUAACUGGCGGCCCCGCGUCUGGUGGGGAUUCCAUGACCAGAAAGAAGGCGUACGCCAGAGCUGUCUCAGCCGAAGCUCCCAGACACGCGCCCGGGCCUAACGUCACCUUCCCGGCCAGGACAUCCGAACAGUCCGAGCACGACGAUGCGCUCGUGAUAUCAGCCAGAAUCGCCAAUGCGCAGGUAAGAAGAAUUAUGGUCGAUACCGGGAGCUCGGCCGACAUAUUCUACUUCGACGCCUUCCAGAAGCUCGGCUUAUCCAGAGACAACACGAAGCCGAUAUCCUCGGCGCUCACCGGAUUCACUGGUGAUUCAAUCUCACCACUAGGGGCGAUCACUUUGCCCUUAACCCUGGGAACCCCGCCGAGGUCGAAGACAGUAAUGACCACCUUCUUGGUGAUCGACCUCCCUGCCGCAUACAACGCCAUUCUCGGUCGACCGACCCUCAACAAAAUCAGAGUCGUCGUCUUGACCUACUACCAAACUGUGAAGCUCCCGACCCACGCCGGGACCGGAGAGAUCACAGGAAGUCCUCGAGAAUCCCGGCGCUGCUACCUGACUGCCAUCUCCUUACACAAGAGGGCCAGGAUCGCAUCGCCGUUGGCAGACCCCCGGGAAACCCAGAAGCCAGCCCCCCAUCUUGAGCCGAGGGGGUCCACCAUCGCUGUGCCGCUGCUAGAGGAUCGGCCGGACCAGACGGUUAGGAUCGGGUCAGAGCUACUCGAGCAAGAACGAGGACAGCUCGUCGGCCUCCUACAGGAGAACGCUGAUGUCUUCGCCUAG